GCCUGAAUUCUCGGGUGUUGAUCGUUCGAUUUUCCGGGCUCUUAUCGUUAAACCUCGCUUUCUUCCUCCUUCCAUCUCACACCUUUCGGUCUUUCACCCAUCAUGGCUGACUACGAGAAUGACAACGGCCGUUACGCCGACGAGCCCCGGUACGAUCGCGACCGCAGCGCUUCUCCUCGCGAUGAGCCUCGAGCCGACCGCGACCGUGCUCGCAGCCGCUCCCCCAACGGCCGCUCCGACGACAGAGCUCCUAUUUCCCGCAAGCCCAUUGAGGAAGAGGAUGAGGGCGCCAUCAACUCCGGCUCCAACCUCUUCGUCACUGGCAUUCACCCCCGUCUGACUGAGUCCGAUAUUUCGCGUCUCUUCGAGAAGUACGGUGAUGUCGACAACUGCUCCAUCAUGCUUGACCCCCACACCAAGGAGUCUCGCGGAUUCGGUUUCGUCAACAUGGUUACCGCAGAGCAGGCCGAUGCCGCCAAGGAGGGCCUGCAGGGCGAGGUCAUCGAGGGUCGCACCUUGAGCAUCGAGAAGGCCCGUCGCGCCCGUCCCCGUACUCCUACCCCCGGAAAGUACUUCGGUCCCCCCAAGCGUGAGGGUGGUGGUGGUGGUCGCGGAGGUGGUCCCCGCCGUGACCGUUACGAUGACCGCCGUGGCCCCUACGGAGGUGGUGGCUGGCGCCGUCGCGAUGACGACUACUCCCGCUACGGUCGCUACGACUCUUACAAUGACCGCCGCGACUAUGGCCGCGACUAUGGCCGCGAUUAUGGCCGCCGUGACUACGGUGGUGGUGGCGGUGGUGGUGGUGGCCGCGACUAUGGUGGUCGCCGUGAGUCUCGCGAUGACUAUGGCUACCGUGGAGGUGCUGACCGCUACGGCGGCGGCCGUGAGGAUCGUUACAGCCGCGAUGAUCGCCGUGGUGGUGGUGAUGAGCCCCGUGGUGGAGGAGGAGGUGGUGGUGGUGGUGGCUACUACGACCGUGACGCUAACCCUCCCUCUUUUGAUGCUGCUGGCCCUCCUCGUGAGCCUCGCGACCCUUACGCCGGUGGUGGUGGUGGUGGCAGCCGUUCUUACGAAGGUCAGGCACGCAGCGGUGGUGGCGAGGACCGCUACGCUGGCAGGUAAAGUGUCUUUCCUAGUUUCUUAACCAGAAGAGAGACCGGUCCUUGAAUUGUCUCGCUGGUUUCGCGUUUCUUUGCCCAUUUCUCUCCCCAAAUUUUUCGUUUUUGUUCUGGAAUUGCUUUUAAUGCGGGAUUUGGGCGACGGGCCACGGGGCGUCGUCUUGUUUUGUCAAUUGCUUUUUCGCAUCUCGUCUCAGCAAAACGGACCAUCGGCCUUACUGCGACCGGCUCGCCAAUACUUCAUCGGCUAGUCACACUUCGGUUGCUUGAUGAUGUGUCUCUUUUAUGUCUGUUCGCGACGCGACUUCGGGAAUUCUUCUGGCGGCAAAAAGGGAACAAAACAAUUAUCGCUGUAAUUCGGAUUUCUAUGGCUCAGCAUUUUCGUCACUCACACCUCCACCUCUUCACCUCCACAACAUCUCCAGUAACCGGCUCGAUUGUAUUCGACUCUCUCUAAACAACUCUGAAUGAACAACCAUUCGCCCUCUUUCGCCAAAGCCGUCGACUUUGCGCUUGUAGUACCAGCCCUUUAACUGCAGGCGUUAAACUAUCCUUGGAUAUCUGAUCAGCUUGAAAUUUGGUCAAGCUGAAGGUGAGAUGUGCUGCAAGCUAACCUGCAGGUUUUAUCUUUUUUGGAAUCUUCGUCUUUUUUGGCUGGACUGAAGUGUGCUUACCUUCCAUAGGAUAUGUGUCUCAUAUGUACAGUAUGUUCCUACACAGGUAUGGAAGUCGCUGGUCAUUCAACCACUGCAAAAUAUGCAGUCUGGUGAAGAUUGCUGGCAACAACCUAAACUGAUUCUUGCAUCAAAAUUUUGGACAUUUCUAGUAAUCUGCCUAUAUCACAGCCCUAGACCCACG